AUGACUGCCCGAGAUUUAAUCAUAGUUCGUCUUCAAGAUAAAGAAAAAAGUUUGAAUGACAAAAUUUCUCAGAAGGCAACUGCUAUUCAGCAAUUUGGACAGUCAUGGCCCCCGCAUGUGAAAGAAGACAAAGAAGCAGAAAUAGAAGCUUUGAAAGAACAGGUGACCAGUCCAAGAAAUUCAGGUACACAUAAUGUUCAGUACAAAUAAUAAUAUUUCUGAUGAGUGUAAGAUUAUUUGUUUGACAGACAUGACAGACAGAUAAACAUAUAGGCAGAUAUAAAAUAGUAUUUACAUUUCAGGAACAUAACAGUAAUACGUCAAAGCAGAAAUUUCAGCAAAUGGUAAAACGAACAGCUGACCAUCUGGAUGAGCAUCGUCGACUAAAACGAAGACGACUCGGGGUUGGUGCUCCAGUACUUCUAGAUGAGGAAGAUGAAGAUUUUGUUGCAAAAAGCAUAGAGGAUAAAGCAACGUAUCAUGGAAGAAGACACAAUACAGUGAUGUAUGUGAACAGGUAUGUGAAUAUAGAGUGUUUGAAACCAAAUAUCAUAUGAUAUACAUGUAUAUGCGAAAAGCACAAAAUGGGCAAACAAUAAACAGGAAUGGUUUAAAGAUGAAGGUUCACAAAUGCAUGUACAGUACUUUACAUGUUAUUGGAGUACAUUAACACGUUAUUAAGGAAUUUAAUUUAGCGGAUCCGCAACAUGUUUUAAAUAUACGGAUUCCUAAGAUCAACAGUACUUUACAUUUUGUAGGAGAGUGAAGAAAAAUGAUCUUCUGGGCAUUGUAAACCACAAACGUCAAACUGAUGGCAAGAAGUUGUUGAAAUCAGCUACAACAGUAUGGAAUAGGUCAAGACCAAGAAACACCAGAUCUAUCCAGGCAAAACACUUAGGAAAAGGACUCUUUUGUACAUCCAAACCUCCCAAAGCUGAAGACAAGGAUAAUGAAUCUACGCACUACCAAAGAGCCCAUGUAAAGAACAUCAAGCUUUUUCUCUUCAAGGAUGAUGAAAGUACCAAGUACUCUCUUCUCCACUCAAUGGACGAUAAAGCUUAUGUCAGACCAGUCUGA